AUGUCCAAAGAAGAGGAACUCCCCACUCCGACGCUGGAAACUCCUCGGUCCAACGCUUCGACCAGCUCCCAGACAAGCGAUGAUCGACCCGAGACCGGGAAUUAUUCGAUUGUGGUCAGAACGGCGAGCAAACCACAUGCCGGGACCAGUGCCAGUGUUUUUGUUCAGUUGACUGAUGUGGAGGGAAAUAAAACGGACAAGGUUCGCCUCAAGUGUUCGAUUAGUCAUCGGAAAAAGUUUCAGAAAGGCCAUGUAAGUUGAUGGACAAUGUGGCAUUUGUGGAAACCUUUUUUCGGUAUUUGGAGCAACUUUUUGAUAAAAAAUUUUUUUCCAAGCUGCGCCCAGCCAAAAUUUAGAAAAUUUUUGGGUAAAAGUUCCUUAUUUUGGCCACAACUUAUAACUUUGCGGAAACUGGUCGGAAUUAGCCCAAAUUUGGCGUGCAGGCUCAAUUCAUCGUUGUCAAUGCCCAGACAGUGGAUUUAGUUAGUGAGGUACCUUCUUUUUUACGUACCACCUUACCCCUCAAAAACGGCUGCAGCCUGUGAUUUUACACUUUAUACGAUGAAACAUGUCCGGAACUAAACUUAUUGCCUCCGUAUGGAACUAAAUGAGUCGUCACGGCCUUCGUAGGUACCCUUAAAACUAUAGAGCUAUUAUAGUAAUUCAGUGCCAGCUAUAUAGGUCGAAGCGUUUUUUCCUAACUUUAGUGCCCAAGCUUGGGCGCAGUUCGCGGAGUACCUUCGUUGUGGCCAAAAUAAGGAACUUCUUCCAAUUUUUCCCUAAAAAUCCCAUUUUCAGGCCGACUUGUUCAUGCUGGUCGAUCAGAACUACAUGAGUCAGCUCAAAACAGUGGACGUUUGGCAUCAGCGUCGUGGAAGAAAAGACGCUUGGCUGCUCCAUUCCAUCGAUGUUAUUGAUCAUCAAACCAACAUGCUCUACCAUUUCCCUUGCGGCAAUUGGCUUGGACAUUCCAGUGAUGACGUAUGAAACGGUUCUUUUUUUGAUUUUUGUUUCUUUUUAGACCUACUACAAUAUGAAUUUUGUCUCUUUGGAUGCUGUUGGCCAGCCUGUCUCGGCUAUUUCGAGGAAGGACUUUGCCCCUCAGAAUCAUUCUUGA